AUGGGGCGCCUCCGCGGGGGCCUGCGCUGCGUCAAGUACCUGCUGCUCGGCUUCAACCUGCUCUUCUGGCUGGCGGGGUCGGCCGUCAUCGCCUUUGGACUGUGGUUCCGGUUCGGGGGCUCCAUGAAGGACCUGCCGUCGGGGGACAAGUCCCCGGAGCACUUCUACGUGGGGCUCUACGUGCUGGUGGGAGCCGGGGCGCUGAUGAUGGCCGUGGGCUUCUGCGGCUGCUGCGGGGCCUUGCGGGAGUCGCAGUGCGUGCUCGGAUCGUUCUUCACCUGCCUGCUGGUGAUAUUUGCCGCUGAAGUGACCACGGGCGUGUUUGCUUUCAUAGGCAAGGAUGUAGCCAUCCGACACGUGCAGACCAUGUACGAAGAGGCGUAUCACGAUUACCUUAAAGACAGGGGAAGGGGAAACGGGACGCUCAUUACCUUCCACUCAGCGUUCCAGUGCUGCGGGAAGGAGAGCUCUGAGCCGGUGCAGCCCACGUGCCCCAGGGAGCCGGCAGGACACAAGAACUGCAUUGAUGAGAUUGAGAGCAUCAUCAGCGUGAAGCUCCAGCUCAUCGGCAUUGUGGGCAUCGGGAUCGCAGGCCUCACGAUCUUCGGCAUGAUAUUCAGCAUGGUCCUUUGCUGCGCGAUACGGAACUCACGAGAUGUGAUAUGA